CCCAGGACCCUGCAUUCCCUAUAUCUGGUCUCCCACAGACCCUGCAUUCACUAUAUCUGGUCUCCCCCAGACCCUGCAUCCACUAUAUCUGGUCUCCCACAGUACACAGAAUAUGGAAGUGAAAUUAUUUUAGUAAAUAUAAACUGCGAAAUACCUUUUUACAUCAGCAGUUAGAGCAGUUUUGUGACUUCUAUCUGUGUCUAGCCCAGCACCAGCUAAAGCUGGUAGGAGGAGUUUUCUUUUGCUCGAG